AUGUCAGAUCGAGUGGCAAGAUUGGCCGAACUCAGAAGACAGCGAAAUGGCCAGCCAAAUCAGGACGUGAAUUCAAGUUCUGUGAACGCUCUGGCACCAGAAACAGGGCACCAAAGCAUUGGUAGUGCUACUGAAACGCUAUCAGCUCUUCCUAAUGAGACGCAAGAGCCCAAACAUGAGGCAUCCGAUGAUGCUAUGGAAGAGGACAAUGGCUAUAAUAGUGAUUUGAAGCGUGACAUUGCUCCAUUACUUGCGAAGGCCGAAAGAAAGACUGAUGCUGCUUUGAAUAGAUUGAUUUUAAAGAGGUAUCAAGAUUCACAGCAGCAGGCUGCACAGGCACAAGAGAUCCCCAAGACAUAA